AUGCGUUUCACCACACUCGCCAUCGCCCUCGCCGCCGGCGCCACCACCGCCCUGGCCUCGGCAAUCCCGGGCAAAAGCGCCCUCGUCGACCGCCAGGUGACGCUGUGCACCGGCGCCGACAGCUCGGCCGUGUGCUGCGCGACCGAUGUGCUGGGUGUUGCCGACUUGGACUGUGCGCCACCCGACCCUGAAGACACCAACGUUUCGGACCUCGAAGAUCCUGUGCUUGAGAUUGGCAGUCCCAUCCAUCAUUUCCUCGUCAGAAAGGGCCGUAACCCGAGCAUUGCCGGUGGCUCCUGUGGAAAUCUGCUCAACUGUGCCGUGGCAACUGCGUCCGUAUCAAUCUUGGAGGACAUUAUGGCGGUCUGCGAUGGUAAGGAACUCAGUGUCAAAAAUGCAGAUGUAGAGGGCAAACUCGCCUCACAUUUCGCCGCGACCGGUGCAAACCAGCGCGCCUUCGAGUUGGCGCUGCUUCCUGACCUUGGAGCCAAGGACAAGCAGGGUGGCCGGUCUUUCGUCGACGACAAGACCGCCGAGGGCUACACGGCUGAAGACAUUGCAAUUUUGCACCAAAAAACCCACUUUAUCCCAUACCUGAGGUCCAAUAACGAUGACGUGAGUGUUGCGGAUGUUGACGAAGAUGAGCUAUCGAGGCUAGCGAAGAAGGUGAGGGAAGUAUCUGCCGGAGCCUGUGUCAGUUACUUUUGUACGUUUAUCUUUGUUGCAAACGCUAUCGGCACCUCAAAGACAUCCACGAUCCUACCCACACGUUCGAGCGGCAGGGAGGUAUUGGCUCAUUAG